CUUUUCCUCUGCUAUUGCAGUUUCCAGCACACAGAGCCGACACCACCGCCAUCCAUCCAGUAUGAAAAUACCAUCGCGGAAUCGAUGGCGUUCUCGACCGGGAUGGGCUGUGGCCAUUCUGGUGUCUUGCGGAUCCAAUCGUGUCGACGGAUUGGCCUUUCAGCAAUCAGUGCGUGGGGGAGGUCGAGCCGCGAGUACACCGGAUAAAGUAGACAGGGUUGAAACGUGGGAAGCCUCGCCGUGCCAAGAUUCGGAAUGUCGAUUGAUCCUCUGUCACAUAACGGACGUCUACACGCUCGAGCAUCUCGCCCAUUUCAAAACGCUCGUGGAAGAGACCAAGAAAAACUCCGAAGGAUCCGCCGUGGUUUCUGUACUGACGGGGGAUUUUCUGUCACCCUACUUACUUUCCAGUGUGGAUCGAGGCGAAGGGAUGAUGCACGCGCUUGGGCGGAUUCCCCUCGAUUAUUUGACAUGGGGAAACCACGAAGCCGACAUCAACCACCGCACCGUUUGUCAACACGUCCGCAACUUUGCUGGUACGUGGCUCAAUUCCAAUAUGAUCGAUCACGAAGCCAUGGAUGCACAGAAAGAAUACGAUGUCAUUGAACUGACCUCACCUGACGGAUCCAACCACCGCAAAAUUGGACUCGCCGCGGUCCUUUCCAGCGACCCGGCCUUGUACGCGCAAUUUAAAGCACCCGGGCCUUUUGGUGGCGCAACCGUCACUGAUCCGUGGGAAGCCCUGGCAAAGUACAAACGCUUGUUGGAAAAAGAUCACGGUGUGGAUUUGGUGGUACCUUUGCAGCAUUUGUACGUCCCGGACGAUCACAAGACUUGCCACAAAUUUGAUUUUCCGGUGGUGCUGUCUGGACACGAUCAUCACCGUGUUGAUGAAGUGGUGGAUGGCACUCGGCUCAUCAAACCGGGCAUGAAUGCUGCGUACGCAGCUGUUGUGGAAAUUUCGUGGAAGACGUCGUCGAGCGAAAAACCCGUUAUUCGAUCACGAUUCCUGCGCUUUUUGGCCGAGGAGAACGAGCGUGCUUAUGAUGCCCUGAUUCCUUUACGUAAUACCGAAUUGGCUCGUGUUCCAUCAAACUUUGAACCUUUGACUUCCAACAAUAGUCGCGGCAGUGUCUGUACCAUGGGCAGUUUCAUUUGUUCGCUGCUGCGAUCGUCGCUCAAUGUUUCGCGGCGGCAGCGGGAUAACAAAGUGGACGCCGUCCUACUCAUGGGUGGCAAUGUAAGAGGAAAUGCCGACUACCCCGAAGGGUCAUUCUUCUCGCUGGAAGCUCUAGAGGCCGAAAUAAAAUCGGACGAAGUAAUAGCAGUAGUGAACAUGCCUGGUUGGCUGCUGGCCGCAGGCAUCGAAGCGACCCAUGCCGGUGACCCAAUUCCAGGAUGGAUGCAGUAUGAUGUGGGCAUCCGACAAGAUGAGAAUAACGUGGUUACGCAAGUAGCUGGGCUUCCCAUUGAUCGCGAGCGUGUCUACCGAGUGGCGACCAAAAUUGGCGACUUGACCAACGGACAAAGUAUUCCGCUCACGCAAUACUACACAGAGAAUCGACAUCUUCUUCCACCAAAGGGAGCGUACGUUAAUAUACAGUCCGAGCUGAUGGCCUACUUUGCAAGAAAUCUUUGGCGAAAGCUGUGGGAUGCCGUCUCCUUGGAGCUUGCGGAGACUUGCGAUACCGACAACGACUGCAACCCCGUAGGCCGGCUGGAAGUCCUUGACAAAACCGGGGAUGGUGAAGUCUCGGUGGCCGAAAUUCAAACCGCUUUACGAGAUUUGCUGGGGUAUUCUGUGGACGACCGAGAAACAUCGUUGGCCAAGUUUGUUCAUUCGUUUGCUGAUACGACCAGUACUGGACGGGUAACACUACGGGAUUUUGAAAUUUUCUGCGACGAAAUGGAGCAAACUUACGAGCGAGACAGCUGGCGAUUGUCGUAUCCGAAACCUUCAAGCUUCGAGAUUGUCUGCGAUGCUCGCGCACCCAGAGGUUCCCAGAAAUUCUGCAAAUUCGGAUUCUUUGUUGUCGUGACCAACUUUCCAAGUGGUCCGAUUCUUCCUUUGCCUUCCACGAUAUCCAUUUUUACGGUCUUUAUGCGCAGUAAAAUGAUUAUUAGAGAACAUAUACCCGUCAAGAUUGUAGCUUCAAGUCCGAACGAUUCUGCACAAAUUCUGAAAAAAGACGAUUUCUGUACGAAAGGCACGAUGAAGACGCUUCAAGGCUUGCUCCCGCCUACGUUCUAUCUGAUGGGCUUUGUGCCUUUCUGGAGUCCAGUACGUACGGCUGAAUCCUUUUCGGUCGCUCGCCAGCCCCACGCUGGCGGGGGCCGAGCACCGGGACAACCCAACAAGAUCGACACUACGGAAAGUUGGGAAGUCUCGCCCCGCAGCGAUUCGGAAUGCCGGCUCAUCAUUUGUCAGAUCACCGACGUGUAUACGCUCGAAAACUUGGCGCACUUCAAAACGUUGAUCGCUGAGACCAAGAAGCGGGCACCGGGGUCCACUGUAGUAUCCAUGUUGACGGGUGACUUUUUGUCUCCGUACCUUUUGUCCAGCGUCGAUAAGGGCGCCGGAAUGAUGCAUGCUCUGAACAGCAUUCCGCUCGACUAUUUGUGUUGGGGCAAUCACGAAGCCGACAUCGAGCACCACAUCACCUGUCGUCACGUCAGGAAUUUUCACGCCAAGGGGGGCAAGUUCAUCAAUUCCAACAUGCUCGAUCACGACGCAAUGGACGCUCAACAGGAAUAUGAUGUCAUUGAAUUGAAAUCGGAGGAUGGUACCAACACGCGACGCGUCGGCCUUACGGCAGUCCUCUCCGACGAUCCAGCUCUGUACUCUCACUUCAAGGGGAAAGGUGCUUUUGGUGGAGCCACUUUGACGGAUCCCUGGGAAGCUUUGACCAAGUACAAGAAGAUUCUUGAAGACGACGAAAAGUGUGAUGUCGUUAUUCCGCUUCAGCAUUUGUACGUUCCGGACGAUCACAAAACGUGCGAACAAUUCGAUUUCCCCCUAAUUCUGUCGGGUCACGAUCAUCACAUCGUGGACGAAGUAGUGGAAGGAACUCGUCUCAUCAAGCCCGGUAUGAACGCCGACUUCGCCGCCGUGGUCGAAAUAUCUUGGAAUGACGCGACGGAAGAGAAGCCCAAGAUACGCUCACAGUUCGUUCGUUGCAAGGAUUGGGCUCCGGAUCCUGUCAUGGCGGAAGAAAAUGAACGAGCCUACGACUCACUCCUUCCACUACGCAAUACGGAACUUGCGCGCAUUCCUUCGUACUACGAACCGCUCACUUCCAAUAACUCUCGUGGCAGUGUCUGUAGCAUGGGAAAGUAUAUUUGUUCGGUUCUGAAAUCGGCAUUUAAUAUGAACCGUGGCAAAAAGAACCGUGUUGAUGCUGUGCUGAUCAUGGGAGGUAACGUUAGGGGCAAUGCGGACUACCCCAUCGGCUCCUACUUUUCCUUGGAGGCACUCGAGGCCGAAAUAAAGUCGGACGAAACAGUAGGCGUCAUCUCGAUGCCCGGUUGGCUUUUGGCGGAAGGGAUCGAGGCAACGCACUGUGGCGACCCUAUUCCUGGAUGGUUUCAGUAUGAUGUAGGUAUCCAGCAGGACGAAAACAAUGUGGUCACACACGUCGCCGGGCUCCCUAUCGACCGUGAUCGCAUGUACCGGGUUGCGACGAAGAUAGGUGACUUGACGAAUGGACAGAGCCCACCAUUUACGGAAUAUUACCAGACCAACCCCAAAAGUCUUCCACCCAAAGGUAACUACGUCAAUAUUCAGUCCGAGAUGAUGAGUUAUUUUGCCCGGAACUUAUGGAAACGCCUCUGGGACGCAAUUUCUCACGAAGUUGAAGAUACUUGCGAUAUUGACGGCAAUUGUAGUCCCGAAGACCGCCUAGAUGUUUUAGAUUCGAACGGGGACGGGACUGUCACCGUCGAAGAAAUUCACAAUGCCCUCCGCGAUCUUUUAGACUAUUCGGUAGACGAUCGCGAAACCACCCUGGCCGAAUUUGUACAUGCCUUUGCCGAUACGGAUGGUAGCGGCAAGGUGACCGUCAAAGACUUUGAAGUUUUCUGUGACGACAUGGCGGAGCAAGCUGUGAUCAAUCGAGCUUUGGCAAGGGAAGCGAUGGAACGGCAGCGCGAGAUAGCAGCAGCCGCCUCCACAUAGUCCACGGAGUGCCCUGCCGCUAGUUUAGGGACAACCUGAUCGAUUCACAACCUUUGAUUUAAAGUAGCAUUAGUAGUAUCAGAAAAUCCCAUUAGU